GACGACCGAAUAAGCAUGUUGUCAGACGAUAUCCUGAGUCACAUUCUCUCUUUUCUACCAACCGAAGACGCAUUCACAACAACUCUUCUUUCAAAACGGUGGAACCAAAUUUGGCUCUUAGUUCCCAAUCUCAACAUCAAUGAUCAAAGAUUUAUCAAUAGAGGAAAACCUUAUUUUCGCUUCCGGGAUAUGGUAUAUUCACUUAUUUGUGCAAAAAUUAAGCACCGCCAACCCAUCAAAAAAUUCUGCCUCAAAUGUCAUGGCAAUUCUACCAAUGAGCCAUUGGAAGACGAGGUAGUGGAGUGGUUAAUGGCAGCAGAAAACUGUGGAAUGGAACACCUUGAAUUCCAAGGAUCAGAUACGCUCAAGUUUUACAAUUUUAUUUUUGGUUUCAGUAACCUUGUUGUUCUCAAGUUGAAAGCCAUCCAUGUCAAUUAUUUUUUACCCGUUGACUUUCCUAGUCUUAAAACCCUACAUUUAAACGAUGUUUUUAUUUAUGAACACUGGUUUCUUCGAGAACUUGUUAAUUCCUGUCCAAUUCUUGAAGAUUUUCAAGCUAAAAAUAUAUCUAUUGGGUAUUGGUCAGAGAACUAUAAUGGAAGGUUUAAACGCUUAACCAAUUUGGUUAGGGCGGACAUUUCUGACUUGAAUAGUUGUGAUGUUCCUCUUGAAGCCUUUUCUAAUGUUCAAUUUCUUCGAGUAGAAGAGAUGUUUGGACAUGUUCCUGUGUUUCGUAAUCUAAAUCAUGUGGAGCUAGUCUUCCAAAGAAAUGUCGAUUGGUGUUGGGUAUUUGGGGUGCUGGAGAAAUUCCCCAAACUUCGAAUUCUUGUCCGUGAAAUGCCUCAACUUUUAACAUCAGUUCGAUCGUUUAUCUCGAUCCCAAGUGUUUCCCCUGAAUGCCUUUCUUCACAGUUCAAAGAGUGCACUAUUACAAAUUAUGGAGGACAGAAAUAUGAGCUGCAAUUUGCACAAUACAUUAUGCUGAAUUCAACAAACUUACAGAGGAUGACAAUAUACAGCUCAUCUUCCAUGAAUCAUGAAGAGAAGCUUGCAAUGCAAAUGGAAUUGUUGUCCUUCCCAAGGAGCUCUGCCUCGUGCCAGAUUUAUUUUAAAUGAUAAUGAUUUGGCUUCCUGCAAAUUGUUCCUAGAUGAUGGAAUUUGUACUUUUUUCUGGUAUGCAUGGUGUACCCA